AACAUACAUGCACACAGGCAUAUCAACACAUUCACAAGCCAUUUGUUCCAAAGGUAAAUGAGAUUUUUUUUAAUUUUUACUAGAGAGCAAAGCAAGUAACUAUCUAGCUACAAACAUACUGUAGACUGGGCUGAAAUCAUGCCAAAGAGCGAGAAAGCAAGGGGGAGAAAGUGAGAGAAUGAGUGUGUCCGAGCUAAGAGAUUACUAUGCCCACCCUUUCAUACAGCCAUUUCUUUCAUUAUAAUAGGUCUUUUCAUCAAAAUGACACAGAACCUUUAAAUUUGGACAGCAUAUUCCCAUACAGUAGAGACGGCAGCCACUUCAAACCAAUUCCAAACCUGCUCCUCUGAAAUAAAACAAACUUGCUUCAUUGGCACACAUAAAUUGUUUACGACUCAUUAAAAAACAAAAUUGCAUAUCGCACAGUUGGCAGCUGAGUCCAUGCGGGUGGAAAGGGGGCAUUCACUCAUCUCUUUGUAUGCUGGCAGUACCAAACCGAAGUUUAGCAGUAGGCAGUAGCCGAGAUUUUUUUGUGAAGCCAGACGAUGCAUGAGGAUUUGCGUUUUGAUGUUGGUUUGCUGAUAGACCCCAAACAAAACCUUCAUUGUCUCCAGUCAACAAGAAACAGAGUGGGCAGAAGACUUUUUGGAGAAGAAACUACAAAGUGAAAGAAAGGAAAGUAGUAACUUAUGAAUCAGACCAAAAAAUAAUUUGAUACAAUGUGUCACCAAAAUAUCCCAAAACCACUUUUGGAUAUUAUGAGUUAUUCUUUUUUCAUUUGUAUCUUUCGCCUUCUCUGUAUAGUGUAUUUCUGACUGCUUUGAAGAAUAUCAGAACACUUGCUAUCUGUUGAAUAUUGAUGGGAAAACAAGGAGCCUGACCCAUUCAUUAUACUCAGCUCCAAGUGUAAAUUCUUCUGUUGUUACGUGUAUGGGCUUCCAUAUUUUCAUAUUUUAACAUUUGUUUUUAUUAGCUGAAAGAAAAUAGAAAGAGCACAAUGAUGGAAGCUGUGAAUGUGUUUCUGGCUUUGAGUGUUCUUAUUCUCCUGGGGAACCUUGAACCUCUAAUAGUAGCCAAGCUUGUCUUGGUGAAUAAAGGGAUCAGUGCUGAAAGAGGACAAAUCACAUAUGUAACUGAAAAUGAGCUGCAGUUCAACAUUUCUAAAGAGAGAGAUUCUUGCAAAGUAGAAGUGGUGAUAAAUGAACCAGUGACACAAAGAGUUGGGAAACUGACACCUCAGGUAUUUGAUUGCCACUUUCUACCCAAUGAAGUGAGGUACAUUCAUAAUGGAUGUCCCCUCCUUAAAGAAGAUACGGUGAUACUGAGAGUAUACAGGUUUACACCACUGGAGACUAUGGUAGAAACAUUUGUCAUUGAUGUAAAAAUCAGAAACCCAUCAUCAAGUCUUGCUGAGUUUGGACAUGUGCCUCUAGAAGUUCCACAUUUCUUUGGAAUUUCUCAACCCAUUGACAGAAACAUUUUGAGUUUUAGAUACAAUGGAUUUGCUAAAAUCUGCACAAUAAGGAUCAUGUCAUCUGAAUCACAAUUUCCUGCUGUUGGCCAACUAAUUGUUGAAGAUCCAAAAAACCAGCAAAGUGAAGAUGAACAAAUGCCCAUCAAACUGAAGAAAGGGUUCAAAGAAAUACAUGAUUUAAAGAUCAGUUGUGAAGACUUCCUAGAAAUGGGUAUUAGGUAUCAACACCUCAGUCCUCCAUCACCUGAUAAGGAUUAUAUCUCAAUUCAAGUGGAAAUCAGAGACAAAAAGAACAGAUUUCAGCAACAGGCAGAAAAUGUGUGGAUUCCUGUAAAAAUAAAAGGUGCCAUUCCAAAUGGAAAACCACAAGCUGCAUUCAUGGCUAUGUUCAUCUUGGAAAUAGAUGAAUUUAUUCUUACUCCUCUUACGACUGUGACUUUGGAUGCUAUAGAUGAAGAGACUCAAAGGCAAGGACUGGUAUUUAAUAUUACUAAGCCUCCUCCUCUGGGAUACAUUACCCAUCUGGAAGAUCAAUCAAAAGCUAUUAGAUCCUUCACUUGGCAAGAUUUGUAUGACACAAAAGUUGCUUUCCAACCAUCCAAUAUUUCUCAUUCUGAAAGACAGAACUAUGAGGUUGAGUUUCAAGCAAUUGAUAGCUUCUUCAUGAACAGCUUGCCUAUCAGUAUCCAUUUUUCAGUACGAAAUGCUGUAACAGAUGCUCCUAGAGUUGCAUGGAACAUGGGGCUUGACUUGUUAGAAGGACAGUCUCAUCCCAUUACCUGGCAAUCCCUUCAGAUUGUAGAUAAUGACAACCUUCAUAGUGUUCAACUGCUUGUGGUGGAAGGCUUAAAUCAUGGUUGGCUCACGGUACAAGGGAAAAAAGGUUUCAAGUUUGGAGUUAAAGAACUCAGAGAUGGAGUUGUCAGGUAUCAUCAUGAUGACAGUGACACAACCAGGGAUGACAUAGUCUUCAGAAUCUUUGAUGGAAAGCACAGUAUUAGACACAAGUUUCCUAUUAAUAUUCUUCCAAAGGAUGACAGCCCACCAUUCUUGGUGAACAAUCUUGUCCUUGAGCUGGAAGAAGGGGACACUGCUCUUAUUGAAAAUCCUAUACUUAUGGCAGCUGAUUUUGACUCGAGUGAUGAUUAUGUCCUCUAUAAAAUAUCCAAGCCGCCCAGUGCAGGAGAACUUAUCAAGCAACAAUUGCCAGAUGGAUCAGGUAUUUCUGUGUCCAGCUUUUUCCAAAGGGAUCUCUUUCAUGGUCUUAUAUACUAUCAUCAUUUUGGAGAUGAAAUUUUCCAAGACUCAUUUGAAUUUAUCUUAGCUGACAGCCAGGAACCACCCAACCUUUCAGAUCCUCAGAUUGUGAUGAUCCACGUUAUGCCAGUGAAAGACCAUUUGCCAGAAGCCAUUCCUGGGGCAAUAAGGCAUCUUGUUGUCAAAGAAACAGAGGUUGCGCUCAUCACAAAGAACCACCUCCAUUUUACAGAUGCUGAAUCACCAGACAAUCAAAUUUUAUAUACAGUAACAAAAGCUUGUUUCUCUCCCACUUCUCCUGGGCUUUAUGAUGCAGGAAGACUAAUCUUCACAGAUAAUGUGAAAGGUUACAUGAAAAAUUCUCCUCCCCACGUUUUGUCAUCUUUCACGCAGCAUGCUGUAAACCAUCUGAAAGUGGCAUAUAUGCCCCCAUUAAUGGAAAUGGGCCCUGACCUGUUGUUUGUACAGUUUGAAUUCUCUGUCAGUGACCAGCAGGGAGGAAUGAGGACUGGCCUCAUCUUUAAUAUCACGGUUAUGCCUGUGGAUGAUGAAGCACCUGAGAUUUUCACCAAUCAUCUAAAAACAGCGGAAGGUGGCCAUUCAUUCAUCACUGCAGAGCAUCUAAUGGUUACAGACUUGGACACUAAAACCAGUGGUAUAAAAAUUGAACUAAGGAAAUCACCUUUGCAUGGAUACAUUAAGCUACAUGGAGACAUAAUGCUGGAGGGGGAUAAAUUUACCCUUUGGGAUUUGCACUCUUCCAAUGUUUGGUAUCAGCAUGACAGUACAGAAACCCUUGAAGACAGAGUCAUAUUUUUAGCAACAGAUGGAGUUAACACUGCAGAUGGAACAUUAAGAAUACAGAUCAUUCCAGUUAAUGAUGAGCCACCAGAACUACAGCCUGGAUUAAAGUCAAGCCUGGAGUGUCUUGAAGGAGAGCAAAUUCUCAUCACUGCUGAUUAUCUCUAUGCAACAGAUGUUGACAAUGAUGACACUAGACUCACUUACAUGAUUGUGAAAAUGCCAAAGUAUGGUGUUAUUCAAAAGGAUAACUUUGUGGUGAAUAGAUUCUCUCAACAUGAUGUUACUCAAGGUGCCAUCUCUUAUGUUCACACUGGUGGAGAAAUAGGUUGUGAAUAUAUUGUGGACAGCAUAACUUUUGUUAUCUCAGAUGGAGAAACUGGAAUAGGAGAUGACUGUUGCAUUGAUACAAAAUUCCCAUCAUCUAUACCACUUCAUCCUAGUUUACGAGUGCAUGAUCUGAGCUUCACAAUUCUGCCCAUUAACAAUCAGGAGCCAUCCAUUCAAACUGGAGAGAUAUUUGUAGUGGACGAAGGCACUUCAACAACUAUCAGUUUAAAAUAUCUGGAUGCCAAAGAUGAAGACUCAAAACCUGAGAAGUUAACUUUCUUCUUAGAGACAAAUCCUUUGUAUGGUUACCUGGAGAAUACUCUUCCUACCCCUGGAUAUGAGAAGAGCAAUGUGGGCUUGAAUAUAAGUGUCUUCACAGUUCAGAACAUCCAGGAUGGUUAUAUCAACUAUGUUCAGUCUAAGCAUGAGAAUUUGGAACCCAUCUCUGAUGGUUUCAUGGUAUCAGUAAGUGAUGGCCUUCAUAAAUCCAUAGCAAUGCCUUUCUACAUUGUCAUCGUUCCAGUUAAUGAUGAAAUCCCACAGCUGAAACUCAGAAACAUAACAGUAAUGGAAGGAAACACUGCAGCAAUAGGACCUGACACCAUUAAUGUUGAAGAUUUUGACAUCCCGCAAGAUCUGUUAAGAUUUUAUAUUGUUACCCCACCCUGGCAUGGGCUGAUACUAAAUGGAAUUUAUGGCAGUGAUAUUGAACAUUACAGAAAAUUAAACCCAGUAAUACUUCAUCAGGAUUUAGAGAUUCACAGCUUUACUUUGGAGGAACUCAAACAAGGACUGAUGCUUAUGUACAUGCAUGAUGACACAGAAAGCCUAGAGGAUAGCUUCACCGUUCGGCUGACAGAUGGCAAGCACACAGUCCAAGGGACACUUUACAUCUACAUCAUGCCAGUCAACGAUGAAAUCCCUCAUCUUUCCAGGAACACAGGCUUGGAAGUUGAAGUUGGGGGCAGUAAAGUUAUUUCCAGCAUGUCAUUAGAAGUGGAAGACAAAGAUUCUCCAAGAAGUCAACUUCAGUAUGUCAUCAACAACAAGCCAAAAUGGGGACACCUCAAAUUAAAGACUGCAUCAGCUUGGAGCACUCUGCAUCCUGGAAUGAAUUUCACUCAAGAUGAUGUGGACAUGAACCGCCUCUGGUAUUUCCAUACUAACAUCCUGAUUCCAGAAAGUCAUGACAGCUUCCGAUUUUAUGUGACAGAUGGGCAAAAUAGCUCUCCACCAGGAAGUUUCUAUAUGUUCAUUAAAAGUAUGGAGAAAGGUGACAUUGUUCUAUUCACCAGACCUGUAACUUUAACAGAGGGUGACAGGGUGACCUUGACGACAGAUGUUCUUAUGGCAACAGAUGGCACUGGUAAACCAGAGAAGCUGCUGUAUGCCAUUUCUGUGCCACCUGUGCAUGGUCAGAUUGAGUACAUCAAUUAUCCCGGCGUGCCCAUUCCCCGCUACAGCCAGUUGGAUGUUGUGGCCCAGAAGGUCUGCUACAUUCAUGACAAUAGCCACGAGGCUAGUAAGGAUUCAUUCAGUUUUACCAUCACUAAUGGUCAUAUGGAGAAGAAAGGCCAUCUAGAAUUUAACAUUGAGCACAGUGACCGGAUUCCACCUACUUUACUUUAUAACAAAGGUCUUCAUAUUAUGGAGGGCAGCAAAGGAAUCUUAACUUCAGAUGUUCUUCAACUUACAGACAUAGACAGCCCAGCAAAAAAUCUCACCUAUAUUAUUACCCAGUACCCACAACAUGGACAUUUAUACGUGAAAGAGAUGGUCUUACACUGGGGCCAAUUUACACAAUUGGAUGUGGAUAACACAAGAGUGUACUAUAAACAUAAUGGACGAGCUGGGCAAAUUGAUAAGUUUUCCUUUGUAGCUACAGACAGAGUCAAUCGUGGAGUUUUGGUCAAUGGGCAACUGAGAGAUGACCCCAUUGAAUUUAUGAUACAGGUAGAAUAUCAAGAUAAAAUGGUUCCAAAACUCCAAGUAAAAGCAAGCCCAAGCACCAUACAAAACCUGAAAGAUGGGAGAUUAGCUGUUCCAAUCACAGUUCACAACCUGAAAGUUACAGAUGAUGGUAGCAGAGAUGAAGAUCUCAUCUUCAGAGUUCGACGUCAACCUUACUUUGGAUAUCUUGAACACUCAAGAGCAGGUGGUAUUCUGAAAAACUCUUUUACUCAAGAUGAUCUAAAUCACCACAACAUUCGAUACAUCAUAAAUCCCACCUCAGAGGUAACUUCAGAUAGCUUCACAUUUGAAGUUUCAGAUUCAGCCGGCAACACAAUACUUCCAGAGAAUCUUGAAGUAAAAUGGUCUCGUAUAGAACUGGAAGAAACAUGCUAUCGCAUUUGUGAAAACACGGGAUCUCUUCCUAUCAAAAUUCUAAGAAAUGGAGAGAGUGCUGAGCCACUGUUUGUCGGAAUAAAGGUCCAAGAUGGUUCAGCUAGAAAUGGCUUGGACUUCAAACAUAGUACAGCAAGAUUAAUACAGUUUGAUCCUGGUGUUUCUACCAAGAUCUGGACUAUUUUCCUUCAGGAUGAUGGCCUUGAAGAAAACAAUGAAGUGUUUAAAGUAAUGCUGAACAAGCCUAAAAAUGCUGUGCUGGGACACAAGAGGGAAGCAACUAUUGAAAUUCUAGACCCAAGAGCUGGUGGCUGCCCUUCAUUUGCAAUCUACAAAAAUGGUAGAACUAGAGAAGUGCUAGAAAAAACCAGCAACAUUUUAAAAAGUCCAUUGCAUGCUGGCCAUUCCUGUACUCCAACCAGAAGAGAAAAUGGCCUUCAGGAUAAACAGCAUUUGAACAGCAAGGAAAAUUCUCAUCCUAGUUCUUCACCUAGAAGACAUGUUCCUCAGCUGAACCACUGGCUUGAUCCUUACCAAGGAGCUACUCCCGCAGGAGAAGAAGUAUCCUUUAGUUUGCAUUCUGAAAAUCGUACAACUGCAAGGGAGCCCUUUUCUGGCCUGUCUUUUCACCUACAAAGUCAACAGGACCAUCCUCAAGAAGAUUUAGAUGUGAAGAAUAAACCAAUCCCAUUACAAACGAACACAAAACAGAGAACUAAAUCCAGGAAAUGCCCUUCCAGAUGGACACUCAGAGACAAGUAUUGCUACAUUUUGAGUUCAGCUAGUAAUGCAACAUGGGAGAGUGCUGAAAGAGCCUGCGGAAAAUGGUCCAAUGGUCACCUAGCCAGUGUGCAUUCCCCAAAGGAGAUGGCAUGGCUCUGGAACUUUGCCAAUAAGCAGUCAUUUUGGAUUGGAUUGAAAGAAGAUAAAAUGGGGAGCUGGGUGUGGAGUAAUAACCGUCCAGUUACCUUCCAUCACUUCAAACAUGGAAAGGCAAGACCUCACAGGACCACUGAGCAGCGAUGUGCUUUUGUCCAAAUGGAGAAGAAAUGGGCUACAAGAAUAUGUAGGCAGAGGCUGAAUGGAAGAUUUGUUUGUUCUAUCCCUUCAGUAUCCUCUAACAACAAAUUCUAGAAGGGCAGCUAUAAAGUCAAACAACAUAUUAAUUGUAAAACUGCUUCAUAAAAAAUAUUGUGCUUGACAGUGUUUCUGUUUGAGCAACCUGCUGGUUAGCUCUGCAUAGAUCAUGUGUAGCCAGAUCCAGAUGUAAAGUCUAGAGAACAAAGUGUGCAAAGGUUUCUUGGAAACCAUCAGGAAUAUAACUAACCUGCAUCACUUGCCUUCACUUCUUGAAUAAAACAGGUCCAAAAGGCAGGACUAGCAUUAAUUCACCAUUUGGCAAUGUUCUGCACAUCAUUGUAAAAUAAAGUUAAAACACUUGCUGAUAUUGGCAGUUUACUAGCAUAGGAAAACAUGAAACAAAGCAGAGAUAAAUAAAUAAAUAAUGAUAUUCAAAUAAACAAUUUUAUAUAACUCAGAAUGAGAACCAAUAGUUUGAAUCAUUGUUCAUUUGGAAACUAACAUAAGGAUUUGUUUAUGUGAAAUGAGCACAAAUGGGGUGUCUUGAUCAUGCUGAAAGCUUUAAAUGACUCCUGGACACUUCUAUGUUUGGUUUUUAGAAAUACUUCAGCCUCUCUCAUUGGUGAUGAACUUCGGUCUCUAUUGCAAUUGCCUACCCUGGGAUAAAAGGAAAGGCCUUCUGCACUCAUUAUUUCAUUGGUCAGGAUUGUCACUAUCUAAAACAGUGGUUCCGAACCUAUGGUCCAUGGGCCACCAGUGGUCCACAAGAACUAAAAUAUGGUCCGGGGUCUCACCAUUACUACACUAUUGCAACUAGAGUAACUGGUCUCUCGAAACCCUCUUAUAGUGUUGAGGCAACGGGGAUGUCGGGAGGGGAGAGGCUGACUACCCACGAAAGGAACCACACAAGCAUCCUGAUUCCUGAUUCUCCACCUCCUCCCUCUCCCUGAGUGGAGCCGUUCUAUGUGGCAUCUGGAAGUGGGGGCACCUUGGUGUCUUCAUUUUUAGGCCUGUUCCUGGGGUUAUUUGGGGUGCUGAUUCAGACAACAUCAGCUCUAGAUUAUUAAAUAUGGGUUUCUAUGGACGAGCAGAUGGUGACUACUGGAUAACAUAUGUUCUGUAUCAGAAAUUAGAGCUGAUGUGGUCUAUCCAAUGCAAUUUUCUGAAUCAGCACCCCACUGUAACCAAUCUAGAGUUGACCAAAAAUUGAUUCAUAACCCUUUUGGUACUAAUGUCAGAGAUUGGUCCCUGGUAAAAGUGGUUCCUGUUCAAGUGAUUCCUGGUUAAAAAAAAAGUUGGGAACCACUGAUCUAAAAAAAGCUUUGAUGUAAAGUAACAUUAAAGCAUUUGUUUAUGUGAACAGACUUUUCAUCUUAAUAUCUUUGUGUGUGCCUUCACAUUGCCUAUUGACUUAUGGCAAUCCCAUGAAUUUACUAGGGUUUUCUUAGGCAAGGAUUUCUCAGAGAUAGUUUCAUCAGUCCAGUCCUCUGAAAUAUAGCCUAUGGCAACUGUUAUUCAUUAGUGAUCUACCAUUCAAGUAUCGACAAGGGCUUACCCUGCUUAAUUUUAAAGAUCAGACGGGAUCUGAUGCCUUUAGAAUAUGUAGGUCUGCACCCACCAAGCUUUAUAAAAAACACUUCAUUAUAGUAGAUAGGUUAUAAUCACAUUAGUUUUUUUAGCCUUUUUAAGGCUCAUGUAAAAACUAAUUAAUAAAACCAGCUAUUUUUGCUUUCUAUUAUUAUAAAAUCUCUGUUGAAUAAGAUCAUUUCAUCCUUCCAGCUUUAGAGAGGCUACAUCAAUGAAGUGUUCUCUGACAAUGAAGUUAAUGGAGCUAUCCCUGUUUAUAUACUUGGCUCCAUGUAUGCCUUGGCACUCUAGAGUGUAUUGAGUUAUGGCAGUAUGAUGUUUCUUAGGCUUACACAUUCAGCUCAUAAAUAUAAAUGUUGAAGACAUUUUGAGAGAAUGAAAAGUAAGCAAAGAAAAGUAACACAAAUCCAAGUUACAUAUGUCAUUUUGUCAGAUGGUACUAUUAUAGCUGGUUGAAAAAUAAAUCAAUAGCAGGAAAAUAAUUUCUAUUGAGGUGUAACUCAGAUCAAAGCACCAUCUAAUCAGGCCUUAACUAAGUUUAGGAAUGAAAGUUACAUUAUAACUUACAUUUAUAAGCGGCCUUCCAAUUUUCAAUUCUCUGUCUUUAUUAUAUAUGUUGUUUUCUGUAGUUACAUACUUAGCAAAUCAACUGUUAAUUUCUUUUCUACAAUCAUUAAAUAUUAUAUAUGCA